AUGCUCACAGAACCGGACUGCCGAAUCAUAUAAAAAUCGUCUGUCCUACCGAGUUCCAAACUGCCUCUGGAAGCAACGUCAGCACAAUAACUGUUAUCUCACCACACCGGGGGUCAGUUGAGGACAAUGAUUUUUAACAUAAUUGGUUGAGUAAGGAACAAAAUAUUUGUGGAUUUAUUAUUAAACUAUUUACCAAUGAAAGGCCUUUUUGUUUAGCUAUCUAUUCAGUAUUCAGUCUCUGGUACAAAAAGAAAUGGUCUCAGUUUCAUUGUUGGUCGAUUUCCAGUGGGUGGUGGUGUCAUGUGAGUAAGGGGCGGAAGUUGGAUACCAUUUCAACAUGGCUGAGCCGCAACGAGGAAGAGAAUAACAUAGCUGCGCCUCACAAAAACAUAGCGGUUUACACGUCCGACCAUUUUCUCCAUAAUGCGUCAAGAAAUGUUGAGGCUAGUGUUUAAGCUAAUGCCAUAAAACCCAAGAAAGAGCAGAUCUGACAACAACACAGGACCCGAGACAGUUAGAAACCCGCGAAGACGCAUCAAUCCCGACUCAUCACUCCGUUGACCAUCUACCAGCUGUGAUGUCUCUAGCCGACCCCACCUCGGACACCACACCCUUCUUUUCUGACAGCGAGGCAGAGGGCUCGGAAGAACCUGGUGUGGGGCCUAGCCAGCGCCGGGAAGAGGAAGAGCCAGCCAGCGGAGUGUCCAGCAUGAGAGCAGUGUUCACCGUUAUCGUCCUGUGUUUCAUCAACCUGCUCAACUACAUGGACAGGUUCACCGUGGCUGGUGUUCUGCCUGACAUUGAGCAGUACUUUGGAAUCAGUGAUGGGAAGUCAGGGCUGCUCCAAACAGUCUUCAUCUGCAGCUACAUGUUCCUGGCUCCUGUUUUUGGUUACCUGGGCGACAGGUACAACAGGAAGGUGAUCAUGAGUGUGGGCAUCGGCUUCUGGUCCGUGGUGACGCUCGCCAGCUCCUACACGCCCAGAGAAUAUUUCUGGCUCCUGUUGUUGACGCGUGGCCUGGUGGGGGUUGGGGAGGCCAGUUACUCCACCAUCGCCCCAACCAUCAUCGCUGACCUGUACGUCAAGGAGAGGAGGACGCAGAUGCUCUCUGUCUUCUAUUUUGCCAUUCCAGUGGGCAGUGGUCUAGGCUACAUCGUAGGGUCAAAGGUUGAUGACAUGGCAGGGGACUGGCAUUGGGCGCUGCGGGUGACUCCUGCGUUAGGACUAGUAGCGGUCGUGUUGCUGUUAUUUGUGGUGAAAGAGCCGAAAAGGAGUGCUAUCGAGGACAGACAGGAGCACACCCUCCAAAGGACCAGCUGGCUGGGUGACAUGAAGGCCCUUUGCAGAAACCCCAGCUUUGUGCUGUCUACGUUUGGCUUCACAGCAGUGGCCUUUGUGACUGGCUCCUUGGCACUCUGGGCCCCGGCCUUCCUCUUCAGAGCUGCUGUCUUCACCGGAGAGCGGCCCCCCUGUGUUAAGGGGCCCUGCGACACCUCUGACAGCUUGUACUUUGGCAUCAUCACAGUUGUGUCAGGGAUCCUGGGUGUGGCCAGUGGUGCGGAGGCCAGUAGGCGGCUGAGGUUGAGGACACCAAGGGCAGACCCCCUGGUGUGUGCUCUAGGACUCCUCCUCUCAGCUCCCUUCCUCUACCUCGCCAUCGUCUUCGCUCAGGCCAGCCCCAUCGCCACCUACGUGUUUAUCUUCCUGGGAGAGACCUUCCUGUCUAUGAACUGGGCCAUUGUAGCGGACAUUCUGCUGUACGUGGUUGUCCCCACUCGUCGUUCCACAGCUGAGGCCUUCCAGAUCGUUCUCGCUCACCUCCUUGGAGAUGCUGGUAGUCCUUAUCUCAUAGGAGUGGUGUCAGACUCUCUGAAGCAGACUGACUCGUACCUGUGGCAGUUCCGCUCCCUGCAGCUCUCCCUCCUCACCUGCUCUUUCGUGGCAGUGGGGGGCGGGGCUUUCUUCCUGGCUACCGCCCUCUUCAUCGAGAAGGACCGUCAAUGUGCCGCAAACUACGCAAUCUCAGAUGAUGAACCAAUUGUUGUACCCAAGAGCGGCAGGUCCACGAGGGUGCCAGUGUCCAGCGUUCUGAUUUGAGGAGAUAAAAGGGACGUUGGUGACUCCUGUGGAAGAUGCUGCACCCUGAUUGGUCCCUGUUUCAGUGACCAAUCGCGCAGCAGUGUUUUUACAACUAUGGUCUUUGAUUGUAUUUGUAACAUUUUAGAUUAUAUGGUUUUUAAUACCUUUAUCUGCUGAUGAACAUGGCAGAGUCAGAGCUGCCAAACCUUCCGCUCAUCAUUUCCUUGUGUUUUUGUAGUCACCAACCAGAUAUUCCACUUCUGAUUGUCUUCACAUGUUGUCAUGACAACAUGAGACAUAGUGGCUUAUGAGAAAUGUAUGCAGAGUAAAAGUCAAAGAGCCACAUCAGUGGAAGCCUAACCUCUGUGGCUGGAAGAGGUGACCGGAUAGAAGAAAGGACUUUCAGAGAGGGAAUUUCAGAGGAGAAGCAGCUACUUUACCCGAGGGAGAGAAGGAAGCAGAAAAGCCUUUUUGCAUUCCGAUGCAUGCACCCCCAUUAAAUCUCCUGUUGCAGCCAAUGUGUCGCAGGGUCACAGAUAGGGUGUCACUCUUAGACAGACACUCAUCCGUUAUUCUACAGGGACCAUAUGUCGACGGUAGAGACCUGUGGAAAACCGGCAGGAUAUUUUUCACCCCAGCGCUCUGAUUGCGCUGUAACCACUACAUCCCAACUACUGCUGCUGUACUUCUUGCUUUGGUCUGAAACGCAGAGCUCUGAUUGGCCACGGAACAACUACGGCUGGCCCAUUUCAAAGCCAUUCCAACCAGUGCUGUCAUCCUCCCGUCAACAAACUAAGACUGUAAAUAUGAUGCUUGUCCGUUCAGUGUAACCACAUACUACUUACUACAUACAGUAUCAGACCGAUUUAAAGGGAGUUGGCAGGCACAGGCCCGUGGUACCCGCAUUGGACUCCAAACCCACCGAUCUGUUGUCGGAUGUUGCAUUUUUAACAGAUUAAGCCUAAUAAUCCUUGUUCUGUUUUUAGACCCGUUUUGGUAUAUUAUAAUAAUAACACUAGAUUUGUCCCUCGGCUCCCUAGAAAAUGGUGGCGGGACAAAUGUCUGUUCCAGACAGGUGCAGAAGAUAAUCUAUGGUUUUUAAGACUAUUGUUUUUAUUAGUGGUGUUUUUAUGGAAUGUUCCGGGCGGUCAGGUGUACUUUGGGUUUUUGUGACCUCAUAUAGAGGCACUGAUGUCACAAAGUCCAGGAUAUAAAAUCAGGUCUAUUACAGAGUGUACAUUUCUUAAUUGUCUGAGGAAAAUGUAUAUCCCUUUUUUAAUGAAGGCGUUAAAUUAUUUAAAAAAUAUAUAUUGGUUAUUUUGGAAAGAAACUUUUUAGUUAAAGUUGCUAGUUUCUAAUAUGAAUUUGAUUUGAUGUAACCUUUUGUUGAAACAUUAAACAAUGAGAAAGGACUGUU